AUGGUGAAGCUGGACGCAAAGCGCACUGAGCUACUGAACGUUUUGUGGGCAGAAACCAUUUCUAAAUCGGAAGCCGAUUGGGCGGAAAUGGCCAACCAGAAACUUGAAAUUUACGAAAAGGCUCUUCUCAACUAUUUGGGUUAUCGCGAUGACACCAACGAUCGUUCCCUUAUGGGAUCACUACGUAAAUCGUUUUCGCUGAUAACUACUAUCGGUCCAAUGAACAUCGCUGCCUUCAAUACAGUUGGGAAAGCGUUUGCUAUUUUAUAUACACUUAUAGUUAAUCCCGGUGAACGGCGAUCUACGGGAGCGCAAUAG